ACAGUGUUUAUACAGAAAGAAGAAAGAUAUGUUUCAGGGCAACAUUGAGAAUAUAUCAGAUAAGUGAAAAUGGUUUCGAGGGGCCGGUAUCACAGCUGCGCGGUGUGCGGCGCAAAGAAGAAAAAUAGCGAGAAUCUGAAAUUCCACUUUUUCCCAAGAAAUAAGAAAAGAUGUUUAGAAUGGCUGAAGGUGCUGAACAUAGCAUCUCUUAAGAAUAAAAGCCUCGAACAGUUAUGGAAAUCGUAUGUGGUGUGCAGCAAACAUUUCUGUGAACACCAUUAUACUUUCACUGGUCGUCUGCUCUCAACAGCAGUUCCAAAACCAGAUCAGUACUGUGUUGAUCUUCCUAAUACAGAUGAUAAUCAUCAGCUAAAAGUUCCAAAAUAUGAUUCGUUCACAACAAACUUUGGGGUCAUCAGCCAGAUCUGUUGUUUUGAGGCAGAUGCUGAAGGAUUAACAGAUUCUGAUGCUGAAGAAAUUAUAGGCAAGAACUCCAACAACACAGGUGAUAUUUUAAGGACAGCAUGGAAGAAAGCUGAAGGUGAUAUUUGAAUAGAAGACAAAGACUGACCAGCAUUAUAAAGUGUGCCUACAAGAGAACCCAGUUCCUGCAAUCAUCCUAAAAACAUUAUUUUUUCAGGUGUGAUGUUAAGACUUACGGGAUAUUAAUAUUUCUACUUAUGUACUUACUCAGCAUUUCUGUAGGAGAUAGAAAAUAUAUUUGCAAAUUUCAGUUAACUGGAUACAAAAACAAGGUGUAUAUACUGUGAUAUUAAAAGUUUUCAUUAUAGUACUCACUGAAUUUUAAUCUGAUUAGUACCAUAAGGCAUGUUAUAAUUACAUGUGCCUUCUUCAGCUCUUUAUUUUCAGUAGACCAAUCCCAUCCUUUGCUUGGGAUUUAUAUUAGUAUGCUUUGUGGGAACGGCUGUUAUUAUUGUCUUAAGAUUCAUAUUUUUGUAACAUAAGAUACUGAUAAAGUUGCUAUUGAAUUGUGAAAUUUAUAAUUCAUGGUGCUGUGUCAUAGCACUAAAUUAUUUUUCUUUCUUUGUUGUACACUGUGGAUGCAAAGUUAUGUUGAGUCUGUUAAAAUUGCAAGGGCAAGCAUUUAUAUAGGCUGUAUAAUUGUUUCUAUUUUUCUGUAUGACAGAAUUUAUUACAAAAAUGUUGAUUAUCUUAAAGCCAUUAGUUAUUUGAUAACUCCUUUUACCAGUCAUCAUAUGAAAUCUGUUUCUCUGAAGUACAUGUUAAAAAUGCUUUUAAAUUUUCAUGCUUCUUCUCUUGCUUUGAAAUGUUUUGAUGUCUGCAUUGUGUGGACCAUUAGAAGUUUGUGUUAUCUAUGUUUAUUUGCAUGAUUGUGCAUUCUCUGAUAUACAGUGUUCAGUAAGAUGUACAAGCAGAUGAUUUUUGCUUAAUGAUUUUCAUUUUUAUUCAAAGUCCAUGAUUACUGACUUUUUUUUCAUUUGU